GGGUUCACGGUAAGUUCUUCUGCGCAUGCGCUCUAACCCGAAUCAUUUCCGGGCGACGAGGCUGCUAAGGAUGCUGGGGUAUAUCUGGCAGUGUUUCUAUUCCUCAUGUCUGCGCUUCUGGUUGAAAUGGUUCCUCCGGCUGGUCACUGGAAGAUGCGAGCUGCAGCGUAUUUGUGCCCGCUGCAAAGCUGGAGCGCUGAGGACAGCACAGAUAGAGUAUUCCCUGAAGUCCUCUAAAAGCAAGGUAUUGCGAGCAGCUUUAUCUUUGAAGGAGAUUGGUUUGGAUGAGCAUCUGGCUCAAAUAAUCCAAGAGAAGAGAAUCAAGGAGCAGAAAGAUCCUACGUUUAAGUUGAAUCUCCGUCAGUGUUUGUUACAAAUCAACGCAUAUAACGAGCUGUUCGAGGCGGUCGAGGAAGUAAGAAAACAGGUGUUUGACUCCGAAAAUAAAGAACAUGAGAACAUGCUUCUGAAGUUGUGGGAUCUGUUAAUGCCGUCAGUGAAGCUGGAAUCGAGGAUCACUAAGCAGUGGGGAAACAUUGGUUUCCAGGGCGACGAUCCCAAGACUGAUUUCAGAGGGAUGGGGAUGCUGGGCCUCACAAACCUCCUGUAA